AGUCACCAGUCAGUAAUCUAUCAGCCGCCACUUACCAGUAACGCUUGACCAGUUGUAUUUGUAUAAUAUUCUGUGAUAUUAUCACAUAGUAUGUGAUUCGUGCUUUCAUCAAAUUGCGCUAAUUGUGAUCAACAAUAAUAAUUAUUAUAUGAAAUAAACAAGAACAUGGCAGAUCCCGAAUCAAUUCUACAAAACGUCCUUUCGGGCAUUGCUAAGGAAUUAAAUUAUGAGCCAGUCAACACUAACAUCAAGCCUAUAUCCAGCGAAGGAGCGAACUACACCAGCGAGCUGUUUGAAGCCACAAUAUCAGCUGCAGACAAAGAUGAUAUCAACGUCUUUGCCAAAGUGGCAGCAGUAGGAGAGGAGAUGAGAGCAGUCACUAAAGGAAACAUGUUUAUAUCGGAAAUAUACUGUUACACGCAACUGCUAAAGAAAUAUAAGGAGUUGGAGGACAAGUAUAAUGUUCCAACAGAACAUAGACUAGCCACUAUCACAUUCUACGGAGCCAGCGACGAAUAUAUGAAUGAGACACUGGUUUUGGACGACUUGAAAAAGAGAGGAUUCGAAGCGUUCGAUAGGUUCAAGUCGAUCGAUUGGGAGUAUGCUUCCAAAAGUUUGAAGCAGUUGGCAAUCUUCCACGCUCUGUCUGUGGCGUUGUCAGUUCACAAUCCAGAAGAAUUUGAAAGAGCAAAAGAAGUACUAAAACUGGAGUACGAUUUAGAACAAAUGCAAGGGAUGAUGAAGAAUGUUAUAGGUAACGCAUUGAGUGCUGUGAAAGAUGAGAAUAAGGAGCGCAUGUCGCAGUUUAUAGAAGAAAAAAUGAGUGCUGCAGACUUUAACGACUACUUUAAAUCUGUAAAAUGUCCCAUGUUGGUGCAUGGAGAUUAUCGUCCAAAUAACUUGAUGCAUAAGUUCAAUAAUGAUGGCACUGUCACAGUCGUGCCGUUGGACUAUCAAACGUGUCGACAAGGGAGUCCCUGCUUAGACUUUAUGUAUUUCAUCUUCACUGGAUCCGACAAAAAAUUCAGAGAUCAACACUUAACGUCUUCUGUAGAACUCUACUAUAAAGAACUUUGUGACGCCCUUCGAAGAUUGAAUGUAGACUCAGAAGAUGUAUACCCAAGAGAAGACUUCGAUUUUGAAUAUAAGAAGUUUCUACCAUUUGGACUUCUAAUCAGUAUAUUCACACUGUUUAUAAUAACAAUCGAAGUAGAUAAAGCGCCGAAAGCGAAUAAGGAUCUAACGUUGAGCGCUUUCGAUAUAAAGCCCAACGAAAUGUACAUAGAGAGAAUAAACGAUAUAGUAGACGAUUUCGUCAAGAUGGGUAUCCUUUAAAGACAUU